GUCAGUAUCUUUUGGCCGCCAUAUUGUUCUCAUCAGUGGGAGUGAUAGUGGAAGGGUGAGAGAAGGAAAUUAAAAAACACGCAAAGCUCAUUUCUGAGAGUUAAUGGAAGGCGCGAUGGCGAGUCCAGGAAAAGAGAAUUAUCGGAUGAAGAGCUACAAGAACAAAGCGUUGAACCCACAGGAGAUGCGACGACGCAGAGAGGAGGAGGGCAUUCAACUCCGCAAACAGAAGAGAGAAGAGCAGUUGUUUAAGAGGAGGAAUGUGUGUGCACCGUCGUGUGACGAGUCCAUGCUUGAGUGUCCCAUCCAGGAUCCAGAUGUCAGCUCCACUGUGCCCAUGUCCUCACAGGAUGCAGUUAUAACUCCAGACAUGGUGCAGAUGAUCUUUUCUGAAGAUGCAGACCAGCAGCUCCUCGCCACGCAGAAAUUCAGGAAAUUACUCUCCAAAGAGCCAAACCCGCCCAUUGAUGAGGUCAUCGCCACACCCGGGGUCGUGGGUAGGUUUGUAGAGUUUCUGAAGAGGAGCGAUAACUGCACCCUGCAGUUUGAAGCAGCCUGGGCUCUGACCAACAUCGCUUCCGGAACAUUCUUGCACACUAAAGUGGUGAUCGAAACAGGAGCUGUUCCUAUUUUCAUUGAGCUGCUCACCUCUGAGUAUGAAGAUGUUCAGGAGCAGGCUGUAUGGGCACUCGGAAACAUUGCAGGAGAUAACGCAGAGUGUAGAGACUUUGUCCUGAACUGUGGCAUACUCCCUUCACUACAGCAGUUACUUGCGAAAUCUAACCGUCUCACCACCACGCGCAAUGCUGUGUGGGCUUUAUCCAACCUGUGCAGAGGUAAAAACCCUCCGCCAGACUUCAGCAAGGUGUCUCCUUGUCUCAGUGUUCUCUCCAGACUGCUGUUUAGCAGUGAUCCAGAUGUUUUAGCAGAUGCAUGCUGGGCGCUUUCCUACCUGUCUGAUGGUCCAAAUGAGAAAAUCCAGGCCGUGAUUGACUCAGGAGUGUGUCGCAGAUUAGUGGAGCUGCUCAUGCACGGUGAUUAUAAAGUGGUGUCUCCUGCGCUGCGGGCCGUGGGAAACAUCGUGACUGGAGACGAUAUUCAGACUCAGGUGAUCCUGAACUGUUCAGCGUUACCCUGUCUUCUUCACCUGCUCAGCAGUCCUAAAGAGUCAAUAAAGAAAGAAGCAUGUUGGACAGUUUCAAACAUCACAGCAGGGAACCGAGCGCAGAUUCAGACGGUGAUUGAUGCCAACAUUUUCCCUGUGCUGAUCGAGAUCUUACAGAAAGCAGAGUUCCGCACCAGGAAGGAAGCAGCAUGGGCCAUAACCAAUGCCACCAGUGGGGGAACACCAGAACAAAUCAGGUACCUGGUGUCUCUAAACUGCAUUAAGCCAAUGUGCGACCUGCUGACAGUAAUGGACUCAAAAAUUGUUCAAGUUUCUCUGAAUGGUCUGGAAAAUAUCCUCCGGCUGGGAGAGCAGGAAUCCAAACAGAAUGGCACAGGAAUUAAUCCAUACUGCGCACUCAUUGAGGAGGCCUAUGGUUUGGAUAAGAUCGAGUUCCUGCAGAGCCACGAGAAUCAGGAGAUUUAUCAGAAAGCAUUUGAUUUAAUCGAGCAUUACUUUGGUGUGGAGGAGGAGGAUGCCAACAUCGCCCCUCAAGUGGACCAGAGCCAGGACCAGUACAUUUUCCAACAGCACCAUGGACCUAUGGACCGCUUCCAGCUCUAAAUACCUCCAUCCCGCCAUCUCUUCCUCCAUCUCCAUCCCUGUACAUACACAAAGAAGGAAAUGCAGCUUCACUUCCUGUUGGAGUUCUGAGCUCAGACUUUCUAAGACUUUUUUUUUUCCAAGCCAGAAAUGUCUCUAUUAUUAUUAUUAUUAUUUUAAGAUAUUAGCACUGCUGUCCCUGAAACUUUACAUCCCUUCUGAAAUGUGAAGCUACCUCUUUAACCCUGUACUGUUCAGCAGGAUGCACUCGAGUUCUCUCUCUGAAAUACAAACUGCUCGUCACCCACUCAGCUGUACAAGACACGCCCAUGCUGGACACACCAGUGUUGGACACGCCCAGAUUGUUGCUGUUUUGUUUUACACUAAUUCCCUCUCCAAACUUCCAUCCUCGUUCUUCAUUUCUGAAUUGUUUAAUUUUUGAAAAUGAAUAUUAAACAUGUUCAGUGAGAAAUGAUGAGUGAGUUAGCGUCAGAAGAUACAUUUCAGUCAGCAGUCAGUUUUACAUCACAAAGUGUGUGUGCGCGCGCACGUGUGUGCUUAUAAUGAGAUCAGAUCAAGAGACAGAACGUCACGACACUGCACUGGUAUUUAUGGGGCCGAUGUGAUUGUAGUGUUUCGUGUUUUUUUUUUUGUGAGCUACAGUAUGAUAAGCAACUCAUCCUUUGAAAAAGCAAAUGUUUUUAUUCUGUUUGUUUUCUCAUCUGUCACUUUGUAUUUCGUCUUUGUCCACUUAAACACUUCCCACGAGUGUGCGCUCGGAGCACAAGUCACUGCUGAACACCUGGAAUGUGAAUGAGCUGGUUCAGAAAUGGAGCCUCUCGGGUAAAUCUACAGAGACAUCGACUUGAUUUCUCAUCUAAUGCACAUUGAACACUGUUCAGUUGAAACAGUGUAAUGGAGCAGACUUUAACAUGGCUACCAAGGGAAGUGGACAAGCAUCUGUUUAAUAAUGUAAUUGGAACACAGCCUCAUGUUGACGGUGUGGCAUACCUGGAAAAUGAUAAGAAUAAUUAACUAUGAAGUUUCUCCACAAUGUAGAAUACUAAUGCUGGACUUCUUAUGAAGCAUGAUAUUGGAGAAAUUGAGUUUUCUGUUAUUUUGGUGUGGAAUUAAAUUUUUAAUGUUUUUUUUUCUUUAUAAAUGUUUUUGAGUUUCUUCUUUAGCAUGCGCUGUUGUUUAUUAAUGAUAUUGAAUUUCAUUGAUCAUUUGUUUGGCCAAAUGGAGCCAACUCAAGCUAAAGAGAUUGUUACAGAAGCACAUGCAGUACAAUACGAUAAUAUUUCUCAUGUUUGUACGAUGAUUUUCAGGUUGCUUUUUUUCCUCAUUGGGGAGAGUCAGUGUCUGUACUGAUGUGCAGCAUAAAGGACAUCAGAAUGUCAAAAUUGUAUAAAAUGAUAUAGAACAAAUAAAAUGUUCUGGUACUCCC